AUGGCAUCGUCGGAUGAAGAGGGUGAAAUUAUCCCAGAUCUUGUUAAUAGUUAUUGGUUUGAAAAUGAAAAGGAGGAUCUUGUGUCACUUUCUUGUUUGACAUUAUUGUUGAGCAUUAGCAGCGAGAUCAAAUGUGACUUGGGAGAAAAAGUAUUUUUGCGUGGCAACACUGAUGAUGGCCUCCAGAAAAUUUACAAACAGAUCAUAGGAUGGAGAUUUGAACUUCCCUGUGGGCAGCCUGAGAUUUCGGUGCUUUCAAAGGACAAAAAUUGGAUAACCUUGCAAAGACCAAGAAAGUGUUUUGAAAGUGUAAUUAGGACAAUCUUGGUCACUAUAUAUUGCUUACAUUUUGUGAAAUGGAAUCCAGAGGAAUCUCGAAUAUCUGUUUGGGACAAAAUGAAGAAGGCAUUUAGUGCAUUUGAUAUUAUGCCAUCCGAGAAUGAUAUUCUAAAUCAUGUGAGUUUGAUGAGAGAAGCUGUUAAAAGGGACAACGAUUUAACAAAAUCCAAGGAUGUUCUUCCUACAACGAGACCAAAAUUUAUUGUGGAAUUAGAGGAUAAGGAGAAUGUCCAAUCUGAUGGUGAAUACAAUCCCAAGGGAGAGCAAAAUAUUGGAUAUGAUACUGUUUGUUCAAUAUGUGAUAAUGGUGGUGAAAUACUUCCCUGUGAAGGAAGAUGUUUGAGAUCCUUCCAUGCAACCAAAGAGGCUGGUAUAGAUGCAUUUUGUGAAUCUCUUGGCUACACCAGUGCUCAAGUUAAGCACCAGUGCUUUGCUUGUGGCAAUUUGGGUUCAUCUGAUGUAUCAUCUAAACCAGAGGUUUUUCCUUGUGUUACUGCAAAUUGCGGUCACUACUACCAUCCUGAAUGUGUAGCAAGGCUUCUCUCCCCUGGCAUCCCCACUGAACAAGAGGAAGUGAGAAAGAAAGUUGCCACUGGCAAAGCAUUUGUCUGUCCUCUUCAUACGGAAAUUUCCUUCACAUCUGAUUAUGAUAGGGGCAUUGAGCAGAGGGCUUGGGAUGGUUUACUUGACCAUCGAAUUUUGAUAUAUUGCAUGGAUCAUGAGAUAGAUAGCAAACUUGGGACUCCUGCUAGAGACCAUCUGGUAUUUCCUGAUAUGAUAGUCAAAAGGAAGGUACUCAAUUACAAAUUACUUGACAAAGAUAAAGAUACUAUAAAUUUGGGUAAAAGUUUUCAUGAUCUUCCUCUUAAGGAAACCUUGGUACCAAAUCGGGUCGCAAAUGUUAGUAUUCAAGAUGGUGAUGUUGCCAAAGAUGUGGAGAAAAUAUGUUGGAAGAAAGAUAUACGUUUCUCUAGUGGAUCAGUCAUAUUUGAUAAGGACAGAAAAUAUUUGAAGGUCAAAAAGGUGCCUGUGCUGAAUCAUUCCUUACCAAGUCCUGAAAAAAAGUUACCUUUGAAAGUUGCUAACUUGUCCACUGAUUCAAGAUUACAUGAAGCUAAAUCUCUACUGAAAAAAAUGGUUGGUGGAACAAUUGAAAAAACUGGCUCUGGAAAGCCUAUUGUAAAAAAAUUCCGAACAUGCAUUGACUUUGACAAUGCUGAAAUGGAAAACAGUAUUUUGAAUUUAAUGAAAGAAACCAUUUCUACAUUUAAUGAGGAAGAAUUCAUGAAGAAUCAUCAAGCCUUCUCUACAACUUCAGGUUUAACCGAAACUGACUUUCAUAAGAACCUUACUCAAGGGAAAGUAGAAGGAUCAAUUAAGGCUAUUCAAACAGCUUUGCAGAUGUUAGAAGAAGGAUGUAGCAUUGAAGAAGCAAAAGCAAUUUGUGAUCCAGGGGUCCUCCAUCAGCUUUUUAUUUGGCAGAGUUCACUUAUACCUAAGCAGCUCAAGGUUUAUCUUGCACCUUUUCUUCAUGGCAUGCGAUAUACUUCCUUUGGUCGCCAUUUCACUAAAAUAGACAAACUGAAGGAGGUUGUUAAUAGGCUUCAUUGGUAUGUUCAGAAUGGAGACAUGGUUUUGGACUUCUGUUGUGGUUCUAAUGACUUCAGUUGUCUAAUGAAAUCAAAGCUUGAACAGAUGGGGAAGUCAUGUUCGUUUAAGAACUAUGAUUUAUUCCAACCCAAGAAUGAUUUCAACUUUGAAAAGAGAGAUUGGAUGACUGUCAAUGCAGAAGAAUUACCCAACGGUUCUAAACUUAUCAUAGGGCUGAAUCCUCCUUUUGGGGUGAAGGGUUGUCUUGCUAACAAAUUUAUAAACAAGGCAUUGACAUUCAAGCCAAAACUUCUUAUACUUAUUGUACCAAAAGUAACUAAAAGACUAGACAGAAAGAAAGGUGGAUAUGAUUUAAUUUGGGAGAAUGAUGAGAUGUUCUCAGGAAAGUCAUUUUAUCUACCUGGUUCUGUCGAUACACGCGACAAGCAAUUAGAAGACUGGAACUUGAAGCCACCACCACUCUACCUUUGGAGUCACCCUGACUGGACCAUCAAGCACAGGAAAAUUGCUCAAAAGCAUGGCCACAUCAAAGAGAAAUAUGAUGUGCAUGUGAAGAAUUAUCUUAUGGAGGAGAAUCAUGACUGUUACCUGGAUUACCCUGGCUUACAUGCACCUGGGGAUGUUUUAAGCAUAUUUGACGAUAUUCCAUUUGAUAAUGUUGAUGAUGCAGAUGAGGAAGGUGCAAGUAGCAAUGCUCUGAGUCAGGUGAAGGGUACAGUGUUUUCUGAUUGUGGAAGAGAAAUAGAAUUGGAGAAUAGAUUAUUAUUAGCCUUUGGUGAAGUUGAGGAAAUGUGUAUUGAUAUGGAAUUAGAAACUCCCUAG